AUGCUCUAUGGCCCACCUCUCCCUGAAGUCCUAUGUAAAACGUAUCAAAUUAAAUUUCUUCGGGUUGCUUUGGCAUUACCGAGUAAACGGGAGUCCAAACCCGUGCCGUCUCUGAGUCAGGAUAACGAGCAGCGAACACGUGAUAACGCCAUCGCAUUAGGCAAUAGUAGCAUACCAGUUUUCACGACACCUUCCUAUGAAAAUCAGGUAAAGGCCUACGGCCUUCCAAAAGUGCACCAACCAAGAGUGCCCUUACGCCCCAUCGUAUCCCUACACGGAACCCCAAACUUUGGGUUGUCAAAGUGGCUUUAUCAGCGACUGUGCUUCAUUACCAAGCAUUCCGAGUGGACAGUUGAUUCUGGUAAAGAGUUUUUGACCCGCAUCAAACAACUAAAAGUGAAGGCACACGAGGUGAUGGUGUCGUCUAACGUGAUUUCACUGUUCACCUCCUUUCCAUCCAAUCUGGCUAUCGAGACCAUUGACGGUCUUCUCCUAGAGAAAUAUGAUAAAACCGACAAAAAGCUCAAACGAGUGCAUACCAUCAAGCUCCCGGAAUUGUGUCUAAAAACUUUUUACACGUUCCAUGGCAAAGUUUACAAACAAAAGAAGGGGACACGAAUGGGCUCGCCUCCGUCUGGCCUUAUUGCCGAAGCUGUUUUGCACGGGCUCGAGCGGCUGGUCUUCAACUCGUCUCCCCCGGAGUUCUGGGUCGAAAAUUUUGACGCCAAUUUCGUUAUCAUCAUGAAAACAAAUUCGGAAGUAAAAAGAAGAGAAACCGACAAGGAACUAAAUCAUGACGUUGAGAGCAACUCAGGCGGACAGGAACACUCGUCAGUCGAGGUUGAGUACGUCAGCCAGUAUGCUGAUUUGCGACAGCCGAAAAGUGAGCACAGACCACACGAGCUCACAAGCGAUCAAUAUCACGGUCAAUCAACAUCGAUCAGGUACUAUGGAUGGGGAGUAACGAUACUUGUCAGUGGACUAAUUCUCGUGGUUUUUGCUAUGUUCCUCGCGGCCUGCUCUAUGGGCCUCAACCCUCAAAAGGAUUGUCCCGAUACUGCAAGUAUAUCCAGUUGGAUCACAAUGGGGGGAUCAGACUGUUGGGAAUUUUUAGAAACUUUCCUGUGGGGUUCUUGCAUAGUUUCCGUUCUUGGGGGAAUAGCCAUGGUUGUUGUUGGGUCAUUCCUUAUCGUACGAAAUCCCCUACCCAGCAAUAUGACCUGGUGGGGUGCGAACGGCGCCUGGAACAGUUGGUGGAACGAACCCUCCAGUGAGCAGUGGUAUUAUGGGUGGGGAGUGAUGAUACUUGUCAAUGGAAUUCUUUUCUUGGUUGGUGCUGUAAUCCUCGGGGCUGUCGCAUUGUGGUACAAGCCCGCACCUAAACCUCCCAAACCUGCAACAUUACCCGGUCCGAAUGAACCCGGUUCGAAUGAAUGCGGUUCGAUUGAACGCGGUUUGCAUGAACCUGGUUCCAAUGCACCUGGUCCAACGCUAUCAACGCCUGGCGCGCCACCACCAUUUGAAGUAACCGGUUCGAAUGAACCCGGUUCAAAUGUACCUGGUCCAACACUGUCAACGGCUGGCCCGCCACCACCCUAUGAAGUACCCGGUUCGAAUGAACACGGUUCGAAUGAGCCCGUUUUGAAUGAACGCGGUUCGAAUGAACCCGGUUCGAAUGAACUCGGUUCAAAUAUACCCGGUUCGAAUGAACUUCACGCAACGCCGUCAACGGUUAAUCCGCCACCACCCUACGUGGAGUAA